UAUUGCUUUCGUAAAAAUUCCAGCAAAAAAAUGAAAUUCCUCACCAUAUUCGCGGCUAUUCUGUCGGUGGCUUUGGGCUACCAGGCCAGCUGGACCCUACAGCAGUUGGACGAGGCCAUCAGCAACCCAGCCACUGACCCUUCGCUCGUACCUUACCUCGAGCAGGCUCUUAACGAGAUGAUGACCGAGAUCUUCGCUGGACAGCAAAUCUCGGCCGUGAGCGUCUCUAUUCCCGCGGUGGACCUCUCCACCUGGUCUUUACCGCAGUUGUCUGCUGCCAUCCAGAACCCCACCACCGACCCCGCUCUCCUGCCGUACCUCGAACAGGCCCUCAACCAGAUGAUGGAGGCUAUGGUUUCCGGAGUUCCCGUGGUUGCCCCUGUGGUGGUUCCCGCCAUGGACAUCUCAUCCUGGACUCUUUACGAGUUGAAUGCUGCUAUGUCCGAUCCCAACACCAACCCUGAGCUCAUGCCGUACUUGGAGCACGCACUUAACGAGAUCAUGGAGGCCCUGUUCUCUGGACAUCACGUUGAAUCCGUUGUCGUCGCUAUUCCCGCCGGUCUUCUCCCCGUUGAGACCCCAGUACCCAUUCCUGUGACCCCCAUCCAGCCCAUUGAGGUCCCAGUGGCUCCCAUCCAACCCAUUGAGAUCCCAGUGGCUCCCUUACCUCCCGUCGUUAAGCCUCCGACUCCUGCCAGCCCCCUGGUCCAGAUCGUCGUCAACGUCAAUCAGCAGGCCGGUCCUAUCGCCCCCAUUGCGCCUUCUCCUAUCGUCGCUCCCGAAGAGCCCAAACCCCACCCCGUGAUCGUCGUGGAGGAAGCCGAGAACCAGAUGCCUGAGAUCGUACCAGUUCCCGUUAGCCCAGUUGAAGUUGUUGACGUUAACCCUAUUGACAUUCUGCACCCAGUUCCCGCGGUCUUGCCGGUCUUGGUCGGUGCCCCAGUCAUCGGACCCGUUGUUUAGAUCCGAAUGCGGAACCGCAAUUGUAAAUAAUGCGUUGAAUAAAUAAUGUGAUGUUA